GCGCAACUGUUACCGGAAACGUGUUGCGCGGGCGGCGCACGGGGCGGCGCCGUUCCGUUGUUCGCCAUAGUUCCACCGGAGCGCGGAGCACCGAGCGCACGAACUGCGAAGGCACCUGGAAUCACUGCUGCAUUUAACGGACAGACAUGGCUGACGAUGACGUGACUCCAGAGCAGCUAGCAGCCAUUGCCGCCGAAAACGAGGAGCCAGAACCGGUGAACUACAAGCCGCCGGCCCAGAAGUCGGUGAAAGAGAUCCACGAGCUGGAUAAGGACGAUGAAAGUCUACGCAAAUAUAAGGAAGCCCUGCUCGGAUCUGGAGUCAAUGCGGCUGAUCCCAGUGCUCCAAAUGUCCAGUUGACCCGGAUGUCUCUUGUCUGUGAGGCCGCCCCAAACCCCCUGAUCUUGGACCUGAUGGGAGACCUGGAGGAAUUUAAGAAGCAGGCGUUUGUCCUGAAGGAGGGAGUAGAAUACAAAAUAAAGAUCAGCUUUAAGGUGAACAGCGAGAUUGUUUCGGGUCUGAAGUAUGUGCAGCAGACGUACAGGAAAGGAAUGAAGAUUGACAAGUCAGACUACAUGGUGGGCAGCUACGGGCCUCGUCCAACUGAAUACGACUUCCUGACCACUAUGGAAGAGGCUCCCAAAGGCGUUCUGGCCCGUGGCAACUAUGUCAUCAAAUCCAAGUUUACUGACGACGACAAGAACGACCACCUGUCCUGGGAGUGGAACCUCAACAUCAAGAAAGACUGGACAGAUUAAAAGAGGCCUUUGUGUUGAAGGGGUGGGGGGGCAGAGGAAGGAGAAUCCCUCAGCCCCCCUCCCCUCCUCCCAUCCUCGCCCUGCGUCUACUAUUUCAGCCUUGUUUGUUCUUACUUUGUUGUGCAUUUCAUUUCCAUGUCGUACAUUUCAUGCCUUCAUUCCCGCCUCGCUGUCUUAACUCCUCAAAUUCCUCCCUCCCGCCCCCGACCCCUCAGCAUCAGUAGCAGCAGCAGUAGCAGUAUCUCCCCCACCUCCACCUCCACCUCCACCUCCCGUCCGUCCAUCACCUCCCCACCUGCUCUUGGUUGCACACAAGCCAUUCAUGCCAUCCUCCACCCCUCCACCGAGCUGUGCCAUGUAGCUCCUUACCUCCUCACACCUCUUCUUCUUCUUGUCCUGGUUUUUUGCUGCUUGAAGAGAUUAACCCCCCGCCUUCCACCUCUCCAGAAUGGUGUCUUCCUCUCUCAGUAUGAAGUACAUGUGGAAAAGCAACUGUACAAUCAAGUUUUGUUUGCCUUUUUUUAUAUAAUUGUAUCAAUGGUUGUGUAAUGUGACUGUAUUCACAUCAGCUGUUGUGUUCAUAGCAGGCCCCACCGCAUCCACCCCCCACCCCCUCCUCGCUGCCCACUAUCACUACAGCAUUCCUUUGCUUGCCUACUCGCUUGCUGUCUUUUGAUAUAAUUACCAAAACCUGCCUUGUGAAAACAGCUGAUUCAGAGCUGCUCUACGGCACCUCCCUCCCUUCCAUAAAUGUAUUCACCCGCUCCCCUUCAAAUGGGGACUGGGGCCAAAGUAAACAAGGGAGUAAAGGAAAUAAAAAAUAGCUGCCUUAUGUCUGAACUAAACUUAUUAAUAUUUAUUUGCCUUGUGUGCACGAGCGGCGCUUGCUACCAGGUAGUCUGUAUACGAAGGGCUUACUCUCGCUACCAACUAGUAACCACCUGUAGCCCUGUUGUAGUGGAGACCGAUUGUACAGAUUACUCAGAUGCAGCUGUGCACACGCCCACUGCUCCCCCAGAUUAAAAUUUGGAUGGAGCUGAAUGUUAAGAAUUAGUGAAAAGGUCCAAAAACAAAAACACUACAAAAUCAACGAUUGGCACCCUCGUUCCUUUCAGCCAUGAGGCCUUAGCACCAACUACAAAAAAAACGGCAACAAACAUUUCUACAAAGUCUUUUUGUUGUUCCCCUUUGCCUUAAUGUACAUCAUUCCCCCUACAAUGCCCCGUCACUCACCUCUGUUUGUUCAGAUGCUUCAUAAGCCUGCAGUUAGGAGACCCUCGGUGUGGAGAUCCAGAGAAAGCACAGGAGGAGGCAGAGCCAGACACCGUCUGCUGCUGCUGGAGACCUCGGCGGUGUCUGGCCUCAGCCACAGACUGACCCUGGUAGUGGACAGAAAACUGACCAGGCCUUUUUGUUUUAUUUUUUUAAACCCAGAGACCCUCGGGUCAGACGACACUACCACAGAAAACUACAUUUCACCAAGUAGGAAGGUUUCAAAAACUGACCAGUAACAUUAAAUACAAAUCAACUCGUACUGUACCAGAGCAUAUGGAUGUAAAACAUUUUUGUUUGUUUCUUCUAUGUAUUCCUGCUACAUACAUUCCUUCACAUUGUACAGUUUCUACGAUAACGCUGGCAUGCUGGUGGGGUUGUAUAUUCUAUCAUCAUUUGUGGUUGCUCUUGUGUCAAUAAAGAUUUUGCUCAA